AUGAUAAACAUUGAGCACAAAGAUCAAGAGGUUUCGCCUUUGGUUGAUGAUGAGUCGCCAAAGGUAAGUGAAGAUUUCGAAGUUUACCAAUCUUCCUAUAAGAGGACAACAUGGUUUUACCGCAAUUGGAAAAGUAUUGCCUUCAACUGUUCGACAACCCUCAUUUUUGUAGCGCUAUUGCUAUUCAAUCAUGGAAGUCGCCUGGGAGUUUUGAGUAAACCGCAUAGUUUGAUUUACACCCCGACAAGUGAUUAUCUGGAAUACCAAAAGGUUCAGAUGGACACCUCCGGCCGACAUUUGAACAAGUACAUGAGUACUCACCGAACGCCUGAAGUCGACAAAGCAUGGCAUGAUAUGAUGGAAUAUAACAAUGUGCGAUUGACACCAGAGGAGAUGUUGGCAAUGAAUCAGACAUCAGUGGAGCUCGGGGAUGGUGGAUAUUUGGCCAUGCCAACCGUGUACCAUGAGCUUCAUUGUCUGAAACAAAUUCGAUGGGGCUAUCAUCGCGAUGAGUACCAGGACAGAUGGUCACAACAGGAUUUGAUUGAUCUGGAUGCCCAUGUUGAUACCUCCAUGAUUACAUAUUGGUGGACGGAUGUGAGCCGAGUUCCCGAGACCGACUUUUUCGGCUAUCAUCAGUGCGUGAAUUGGGAUCUCUUGAUGACAUGGUUCAAGGAGCGUUAUGUCAAUGUCUAUGAGACCGGCAUUUUAAACCAUCCCAAAUACGGCCAAACCUACCCGAAUGGACACAGAAAGGUCGAAGACGACCAAGGCCGGAUCCCUGAAACCUUACCGUUCGUUCCGUUCGAGGGCCCUAGUCGACUGCCAUAG